UCUGUCUAUCCGGAACAAAAUCAUCAGUGGACAUUUUUCGUUUAGCCGAACCAAUUCUGUAUUUGGCAUUCAGAGUUCGCGCGUACAAUUGUGAACAGCAGCGGUGCUGCGCGUGUUGAAAAUCGGGAAUCAGUUAAAUUAAAAAUACCAUUACCGUUAAAAAACUGUAUUUAGUUUUAUUUUGCAAACGAAAUUGUUUAUGAAGAUGUGUGGAUGGUCAAACCCACCAUACCGGGCACACACCGCAGACAGGGACAAGUUGCGUUGCCACCCGGUCCAAGUUUACGCAAACACACCACGGCACUGUACUUUUUCUUCGCCUGUUGGGUGGAUUGAAAGCCAAGCAAUAAUAAAAAAAUUGAACAAUACUUGCAUUACAAGUAAAGUAUUUUAAAUGUAUUUCACAGAGGCUUGGGCGCUGGGGUCGUGAAUAAUGUUGGCACAGGAGAUCGCACCCACGGAAAUUGGCAAACACGCAAACAUUAUCAGAGCUGCCCAGGAGGAAUUGGCAAACAUGGACGUUCUCGUGUGCGGACGAUGCCUGAGGGCCUACCACUUCGUGGAAGAGUUUCAGGGCCACAAAGAGGAUGCCUGUGAGAAAGAGAACGCGAACCUGAAGGAGUCGCUUGACACUAAACCCACCAUCUGGGCGUUCACUCUGUGGAAGGCUACGCAGCUGCACACGCGCAAGGACACCAACUCGGGGAGCUCAUGGGCCCUGUACCAGCACUGGGUGAAGCUAGAAGACAGCGUCCGGGAGCCUUGGAUCGUGGCUGGAAAGACCAUACAGUCCUUCGGCAAGAUUGCCCAUGGACAGCUUCAGGACAUGCCGGUGCGCAUUACCAAGACGGUUGUGAAUCCGAACAAUAACAAUACGUCCAACAGCAACAACAAUACGAGCGUCUCCCCUACCAGAAAAUCCCCGGCCGGUAAGCUUCCCACCUUGGCCAAUCAGCUGAAAGACACGGAAAACGAGAGACCCAAGUCCAAGCCAGGCACGCCAACGCUUCCCUCAGUGGCCGCCGCCGGAACAGUCAAGCCCAACAACCGCAUAGCCGUUCGGAUCGAUGCCAAAACAGAGCAGCGCACCGAAGAACCAGUGGAAAAAAUAGUGGCCAAGCGGUUCAACCCGCGCAGAAAAACCCACGAGUAUUUGGUAAAGUGGGUAGACCGCUCGCACCAUGAAAACACCUGGGAGGUGAUGGCCAAUCUCGAGCGAGUUCCCUACUUCCUGCAGAUGUUUGAGAAACAAUUGGCGCGACAGAAGCUCACAAGAGAGAAGGGCCUGGACGCACUAAAACGCAUGCAGCCGACCGGGUCGUCCUCGAAGACGGAUACUGUUGCCCCACUUAGUCCGGUCCCGGCGCCUUCACAAGUAUCGCCAUCUUCUCGACCCUCACGCACUUCCAAAACCAAGGCCAUGGACUCGUUUAAACAGUGGGUCAAUGAGACUGGCGGCGGGGAUGGUUCUUCCUCGCCCUCCUCGGCUAACGAGGAUGAAUCUGCUACGGAGCAAGAAUGGCCACCAUCGUCGGGUCCGGUCAAACGCAAGCUUAACCACACAGACUCCAGUCUCGAGGGGAGCGGGCUGAACGACUCUAUGGACCUUGAGGACCUCGAAGAGGACCUGCCGUCGCACACCGUAAAGCGUCUAAAAAACGGAGGAAGCUCCGUGCAGUUGAAUAAGCCACGGGUUCAGCCCACGGAAAAGCAGCAGACUAAAAUCAAUGGCAACUCCACCGUGUCCGUAACGGAGCAGAAGAUGGGUGAGAUUAUUUACACGGAGGACAGCACCAGCUCGGGGAUGUUUCGCAAACCCGAAAUGCCGAACACUUUGCACCUGAAAAAAGAGAAACCAGAGUGUCCCGUUCGGUAUCUCGCGCGCUCUGAGAUGUCCAGCAGCGCGAGAGGUGUCUUUCGGGUUGAAAGUUCUGAAGCACCUUCUCCCGUUUCGCCUGCCGCCGCGCCACCACAGAAGGUCAGUUCCGCGCCCAUUGGUGCAGGCGUAGCCAAGCGACUGCCCGUGGCCCGACCUGCACACUCUGGCGCCAACUCCCCCAUCACCGUGGGUCAACGACAACAGGUGCUGCGCACCCCCGGUCAGGGCCCCACAACAACAGCAAUUCAGCGUCGACCUGCGAUGGGCGGCACACCACUGGCGCGGCAGAACCAGCAACAGACGCCCGGCCGGGCUCACCCGGGCGGUCGAGUCCUAGCACGCGCUGGUGUCGGAACGCCGCAGCAACGCCAACUUGCGCCGUCUUCGCAGGGCGGUAAGGUAGUGACGCCAGAGCAGAAGAUUUUGCAACUUUCGAAAUCGGGUGAUUUGAAAGUUACGCGCAAAGUGGUCACCCGGGAAGAGCUUAUGGCCCAGCGCGCUACUCAAGCCCGGCAGCAGCGACACGUGCAGGCUCAACAACAGUCAUCCCAGAUGCAGAAAAUGAUUCCUGGCCGGCAAAGGAUAGCUCCAAAGCCGACGCUCCAACCAACCCCCCUGCAAAUAGAGUUAGAGGAGGAAGUGCAGCAGCACCAGGCUCAGUUGUGUCCGAUCACCGGCAAGCUUAUCGGCCAGGAGGAAACCCAGUUGCAAAUGGAGCAGGAGCAGCAGCAGGAACAACAGCGCGAGCAGUUGGAGGCCGCGGCACAGGCGCUUCUGGGCAGCGAUCAACAAGUUCUUACCAACGAGGACGGCUCUGCUUUGUUGGUUCGGGGCGAGGACGGCACUGUCUACCAGGUGGCGGGAAAAAAUGCGGAGGGUCAAACCAUACUUGUUACCCAGGGUCCGGAUGGAGAGCAGCAGUUCGCUUACGUGGCUGCCGCCGAGGGAGAAGACCAGGAUGUUCUCUCUCUUGACCACGCAGUGGCCGAGGCCGUUCAAGCAGGAGAGCAGGUUGAGGCGCAUGGAGUCGCAGCAGCUUCGGCGGAUGGCGAGCAGAUUCUGGUGUCUAUGACAGAGGAAGAACUGGCGCAACAUCAGGUGCUUCAACAAGCAGAAGCAUCGGCCGCAGGCACCGGAACACCGCCCACGGCCCAGAUCCAUAUCACGACUUCCGAUAGCGAUGGCACGGAAGCCCAGAUCCCGGCCGAGGUGGUUCAGGCAGAUUUGCCUUCACCGGGAGGUACUCGUCGCGUCGUUUUAUUGCUACAGGAUGGCACCUUCAUGAUGACUGAGAUGCACGAAGAACAGUUCAAGACGCUCAACAUCCCGACGUAAAAUCAUGUUAAUAGUCUUCAAACAUAGAUUUAGGCGUAGACCAUAAGCCGAUAAUAUUGAAAAGACCUGUCGUUGCUAGGUUUCUCCCACCUUCAGUUCCGUUAAGCCCUAGCCAUUCCCACACUGUACACCACAGGGGCCGCGACUGCCAGUGGUUUUAAGACUAUUAUAUUUUAAAAGCAUGCCGGGAAUUGUAGAUUACAAGCUGUUCCUUUGGCCAAACUUAAUAUUGCGUCAGGAAAGGCUGCAAAGGACGACAAAAUAAAUUAUGCGAAUACAUAAACUAUAACAUUAUUUUAUCGCGGGAAGGCUUUAUCUCCGCCUAUACAAAAACAUUUGAGGUAUGUCCAUAUAUUGCGCAAUCAAUAGUUUUGGUUGUUUUCGAUCAUUUUGUUUACCCCCAUCAAAGAUUACGAAAAACAAUGGACUGCCUUUUAAUUUACAACUCUUAGAAAUUAAAGACAAGACUUUAGUAACUUUAUGUCGUAGAAUUUGUAUCCCAAAAUCUGCAAAUUCUGAAUUAAAAUACAAAAGCAGGCUUAGAUGUAAGUAAACUUACGAUAGAUACCAAUUGUAAAUUAUUUAAGUAAUUUUAACCUAGAAAACUAAAACAGAUCAGCUCGUUAAUACAUUACGAACGUAUAAAAUCUCGGACUCUUUGAAUGCUAAUGUAAACGUAGAAUUUGUCAUUUUUGUUUUAUUACUUCAGCAACCGAAGCUCAAUCCGUAUUUCCGCUAAUUAGCUUAAAUAAAGAGCAACAAGAAAGAAAAACUACGAAAUAAGGAGCACAAUAAACAAAACAUUUCAGUGAAA